AUUCAGAUAGAGCUCAUUCUCUGUGCAAGCUUUAUCUGAGAGAAAAACACUCCACUCUCUGUUCUUCUUCUUCCUCCUCCUCCCAUGGCGAAAGACAUCGAAACCGAAGCACCGCGAGGUGAUCAGUUGGCACACAAGGACUACCAUGACCCACCACCAGCACCGCUCUUCGACACCACCGAGCUCACCAAGUGGUCCUUCUACAGAGCCCUCAUCGCCGAGUUCGUCGCCACCCUGCUCUUCCUCUACAUCACCGUCCUCACCGUCAUCGGCUACAGCAGCCAAACCGACCCCGCUAACACCACCGACCCUUGCGGCGGCGUUGGCAUCCUCGGCAUCGCUUGGGCCUUCGGCGGCAUGAUUUUCAUCCUCGUUUACUGCACCGCCGGCAUCUCAGGGGGUCACAUAAACCCGGCGGUGACGUUCGGUUUGUUCCUGGCGAGGAAGGUUUCACUGGUCAGAGCUUUGUUCUACAUGGUGGCUCAGUGUUUGGGAGCCAUAAGCGGUGUUGGGUUGGUGAAGGCUUUUCAGAAAAGCUACUACAACAGGUACCAUGGCGGUGCAAACAUGCUUGCUGAUGGCUACUCCAAGGGAACUGGUUUGGGCGCUGAGAUUAUCGGCACCUUUGUCCUUGUCUACACCGUCUUCUCCGCCACCGAUCCCAAGAGAAACGCCAGAGAUUCCCAUGUUCCUGUUUUGGCACCUCUUCCAAUUGGGUUUGCAGUGUUCAUGGUUCACUUGGCCACCAUCCCCAUCACUGGAACCGGAAUCAACCCUGCUAGAAGCUUCGGAGCUGCUGUCAUAUACAACAACGAGAAGGCAUGGGAUGACCAGUGGAUCUUCUGGGUGGGACCUUUCAUUGGUGCUGCUAUUGCUGCAAUCUACCACCAGUACGUGUUGAGAGCUCAAGCGGCGAAGGCUCUAGGUUCUUUUAGGAGCUCCGGCCACCUGUAAUGUUGUGCAGCCAAGCAGCUACAAUGAGUGCUUAAUUGUAUGAUUUAUUAUUGGUGGAUUGGAAUUUGUAUAUCGAUCCUAAUCACCGUGUAUUUUACUAUUUUCGAAAGACAUGUUCUUGUUUGUUAAUUGAUUUAUGUAUUUUUAAGUGUCAACAUUUGAAAUGUGCACUCAUUGAUCAAUGCUCUGUUUUGCUA